CCCCCCUCUUCUCGCUCGGGGGCCAGGUACACUUGACGUCAGGAUGGCUGUCGUCGUUUUGACGUGUAAACACUCAUUUCCAUUCCGGCUCCGGAGGGUCUGUGAGCCUCGGGCAGCCGCGCCGGCAGGCAGGCAGGCAGGGCUCUUCUCCGCGCUAUCGCGUAGCAACGCGGCGCCGCAUCCCGCAUCCCACCCGGAUCCCGCCCGCAUCCUUCCCGCAUCCUGCCAUGGCCGGGAGGCGCUGGGCCGGCCGGUGCGCGGCCCUGGCCGUGCUCCUGGCUGCCUGGUCUCUGCCUCAAGGAGGCAGCGCCAGGCGGCUCUUCCUCAACGAGUGGGCAGCGGAGAUCCCGGCCGGCCCCGACGCUGCCAGAGCCAUCGCGGACGAGCUGGACUACGAUCUGGUGGGGCAGAUUGGAUCACUCAAAAACCACUACUUAUUCAGACAUAAGAGUCACCCAAGACGGUCCCGAAGAAGUGCUACUCAUAUGACUAAGAGACUUUCUGAUGAUGAGCGGGUAUCAUGGGCAGAGCAGCAGUACGAAAAAAAGCGAACCAAGCGUGCCUCAGUGAGAGACUCAGCAGAAAGUCUUUUCAAUGACCCUAUGUGGAAUCAGCAGUGGUAUCUGCAAGACACAAGAAUUACUCCAUCUCUGCCCAAACUGGAUCUCCAUGUUAUUCCUGUGUGGCAGAAAGGAUUUACAGGCAAGGGAGUUGUCAUCACAGUCCUAGACGAUGGAUUGGAGUGGAAUCACACUGAUAUCUAUGCUAACUAUGACCCGAAGGCAAGUUAUGAUUUCAAUGACAAUGAUCACGAUCCUUUUCCUCGAUAUGAUCCAACAAAUGAAAACAAGCAUGGGACACGGUGUGCAGGAGAAAUUGCCAUGCAAGCCAACAACAGAAAAUGUGGAGUUGGAGUAGCCUACAACUCCAGGGUUGGAGGUAUACGAAUGCUGGAUGGAAUAGUCACCGAUGCUAUUGAGGCCAGUUCAAUUGGUUUCAAUCCAGAACAUGUGGAUAUUUACAGUGCAAGUUGGGGCCCUAAUGACGAUGGCAAAACUGUGGAGGGACCUGGGAGGCUGGCACAGAAGGCUUUCGAGUAUGGGAUAAACCAGGGCCGUAAUGGGAAAGGUUCCAUUUUCGUGUGGGCUUCAGGGAAUGGAGGUCGUCAGGGUGACAACUGUGACUGUGAUGGUUACACUGACAGCAUCUACACCAUCUCCAUUAGCAGUGCUUCUCAGCAAGGGCUUUCUCCCUGGUAUGCAGAGAAGUGCUCUUCAACCCUGGCCACAGCAUACAGCAGUGGGGAUUAUACUGACCAAAGAAUUACAAGUGUUGAUCUUCACAAUGAAUGUACAGAAACUCACACAGGGACCUCUGCAUCUGCACCUCUGGCAGCAGGAAUUUUUGCUCUGGCACUGGAAGCAAACCCAGAUCUAACGUGGAGGGAUAUGCAGCACUUGGUAGUGUGGACCUCAGAAUAUGAUCCACUGGCUGGAAAUCCAGGAUGGAAAAAAAAUGGAGCAGGACUGAUGGUCAACAGCCGAUUUGGGUUUGGGCUACUCAAUGCCAAUGCUUUGGUGGAUUUAGCUGAUCCCAAAAGAUGGAAAGGUGUACCAGAAAAAAGAGAGUGUAUUGUCAAAGACAAGAGCUUUGAACCCAGAUUAUUAAGAGCAAAUGAAGAAGUCAUCAUUGAAAUUCCCACAAAAGCCUGUGAAGGUCAAGAGAACUCCAUUGCAUCUCUGGAGCACGUGCAGCUCGAGGCAACGAUUGAGUACUCCCGUAGAGGUGAUCUUCAUGUCACUCUGGUUUCUCCAUCAGGGACCAGCACUGUCUUGCUGGCUGAGAGAGAGAGAGACAAAUCUCCCAAUGGCUUCAAGAACUGGGACUUCAUGUCUGUCCACACAUGGGGGGAAAAUCCAACAGGCACCUGGAUUUUGAGAAUUACUGAUAUGUCCAGACGAAUACAAAAUGAGGGGAGAAUUGUAAACUGGAAAUUGAUUUUGCAUGGUACUACAACCCAGCCUGAACACAUGAAGCAGCCACGUGUGUAUACAUCCUACAAUGCAGUGCAAAAUGACAGAAGAGGAGUAGAGAAGAUGACGGAUCUUGUAGAAGACCAUACCACACUGGAGAGCCUGAGUGAAAAACCCAAAGCCACUGAAGAAACCAGCAGCAGCAGUGACAAAGCAGAAGAUAAAAUCCCAUCAGAGGCCAUGCUGCAUUUACUGCAGAGUGCUUUUAGCAGACAGAUGGAUCAGAAGCAGCUGCCAAAGAAGACCGCAAGCAAGAAGUUAAACAUUCCAUAUGAACACUUCUAUCAAGCCCUCAAAAAGUUGAACAAGCCCUCCCAGUUGAGAGGCUCAGAAGAAAGCUUGUACAGUGACUAUGUUGAUCUUUUUUACAAUGCCAAACCUUACAAGCAUAGAGAUGAUAGACUGCUGCAAGCAUUGGUUGAUAUCAUAAAUGAAGGAAAUUAACUGCUGGGUAUGCAUUGAGUUGAAAAUAUCAUUCUCCCCACCUGUAGUUUUUUUUUUCCAAAGUCUGUGUAUGCUUUAGUUGUUUGAUUGCUGCUUUGAUUGCUUCAUAUUUAAUACAAAUAUCAAGGAAGAGAAAAAACAUGUAUGAGGGGAUAAGGCAGGAAAAUUACACUUUUUAGUAUUAUCUUUUUUCAAAACCUUUCUUCAGAGUAGAUUUGCCCCUUCAGGCAUGAAAUGCAAUAGUACUCCCCUGAAAACCCUAAUACUAUAUUUUAAACAAUUUUCACAUUACUUAUCCUUCCACCCUCUUCACUGAAGCAUGCAGUAGGAUUCAAAACCUGAAUUACCAAGCAGUUUUGAACCAAACUGCCAAAGCUAUGGGGAUAUAUUCUCAUCCAUGGAUUUGUCAUGCAUACUGCAGUCUUUGUUAUAUUUGUCAUUUAUUCCGAUUUAAUACUUGCAGCCAGUACUGCUUCCAUCACAGGUGUUUUGUUCCUUCUCCAAACAAUGCUCCCUUGCCCUUCUGUUGUCCUGUAAUGGAACAUCUGAGAGGCUGGGGUUGGACUGGGGCAUCAUUGAACACUGAUGAAGUUAUUCACAAUUUAGACUACAGAGAGAAACACACUAAUAAAAAAGAGUCCCCAGUGAGGCGUUCCAGCCCAUGGGAUGGCAUUCUCUCCAGCUGACUUGGGACUUACCCAACUGAAGUGCCUGAAUUAUGAGCCUGGACAGAGUCUCACUUCAGAGCACUUGGCUUUCUUUUCAUGGAUUAUGAAUCACCUGAUGGAGUACCGAUCUAUUUGUGUCAAUUAAUUGAGCCUUGGGCUCCAACCACCUACCUGUGGAGCCUCAGUUGGGUCUCUAAAGUAGUUCAGCUGCCUUCUGAGAUGCCUACAUCUGCAAGGAAUCAGGUCAAGUGAAACAGAAAAGGUAGCUGCUGCAGAAAAGUCCACCCAAAGACUGUAAAAUUCCCAAAACAUCUAGGAAGACAAGGCAAAAUUGUCUGAGAUUUUAAAAAUAAAAUGCCCUGAGAGGGGUGAUAAUGGAAUGUGGAUUGAGAAGAAAAUGUUGAGGCAGAGGUGGCUCACUGAAAGCAAAUAGAGUGAGCAGCUCUCUAACAUUAGCAGUUUUCCACACAUACCUCUUUAAAGAGAGUCAAAAUUAUAUAUUAUUUGGCUUCUCAUAAUUAAAAAAAAAAAAAACAAAACUAAACAAAACAACAACAACAACAACAAAAAACACAUUGGAUGUUCAGAAAAGGUAGGGGAUCUAGAACAAGGCAAUGAAAAUUCCCAGGGGAUAGUUGUCUCCUUGAAGUGCUAAAGAAAACCCCCAAAAAGUGCUGACUGCUUUUUACUUUUCUUCUUGUCUACUACUGAAAUGUGUUUUGCAGACUCUCUAGAAGUAUUUGAUUAGAUUCUUCUUCUCUGUCUAUUCCUUAAAAUUAUGCAAGUGUCUCUAAGGAAAGAAUUUUACAUUUUGCUCAUAAUCCAUCAGUUCAAAUACAAGUUUUUUCAAAUUUCA